GCGGCGAGCCCUCCAGUGUGUGGUUGAUAUGUAUGAGGCUGGCUGGACGGGCACACCCCUCUCGUAUGGAGUGGCGGGGCUGCCUAUCUGGAGCAAUUUAGGAGGGGAGCGCUAGAUCAUCAACAUCAUCUCCAUGAUGGCGCAGGGCAGAGCCGGGGCUCGGUAGAAUGUUCGGGGCUGUGCUGGGAUUCAGCAAUGAUGUCUCUGGAAGCUUCGCGUGUUCCCGCGUCAUCGACCAUAGAGCAGGCAGCCGGGACCCCGCCAGGGGAGGAGAGGCGCCCGGCGGACACUGAGAACACCCACCUGACACACACCCGGGCGGCGGACAACUCGGUGCUCCUGCUGAGGAGGAGGAGGCGGCUGAAGAGGAAUGUGUCCGCCUCGUCCCCUCACAGCCCGGCUUGUGGUACUGUAGGGCCUGGCAGCCGCAGCCUGGAUAGGAAGAGCCUGCUGAAGUCCAAGCAGUGGGUUCCUCUACCCAGACAGGAGAAGGAAUGGGUGAGGGGAGAGCUGAGGAGAGGUUGUGUCCAUAUCUAUCACAGACACUCGUCUCCCAGCCUCAGACCAUUACUCUGUACUCUGGACACCACCGCCGCACAAGUAGCCGCCCGCCUGCUCAGACCUGGAGGAGGCUCGUCCGGUGUACUCCGAGUACUGGGCCAAGCAGAGCCCGUCCAUGACUGCGGAGCCUGGCUCAGCACCCCACAGAAGACAUCCUGGGAGCAUGGAAACCAAGAGGAGCCUACUGACAGCAGGAGCCCCGCCGUGUGCCAGGGACUGGAGCUAUUCCACUGCGGGGCCGCCUCCUCCUCAUCUACAUCAUCGUCCUCCUCUGUGGAGGAACUGAACGCCGAACCGCCAACACCACCGCCUGCCCGGGCUGUCACUGUCCCCGCCCGGCCUCUACUACACGAUGUCCAGUCCCCCGGAUCCCUCUAUGUACAGCUACACGGGGAGAGCAGCCGGAGGCUGGAGCCACAUGAACGGCCGCUACAUGUCCAGAACGAUUACCUCUUCCAACUGGGCUUCAGGGAUCUGUGCCGGGUACAGGAGGAGGGCAUGGAGCCCGAGAUCGGCUGCCUCAUCCGCUUCUAUGCAGGAAAGCCUAAUGGAACUGGCACUUCAGAUCGGACUCAGCUUUCUGGGAUGUACAAUGUUCGAAAAGGAAAGAUGCAGUUACCUGUAAACAGAUGGAUGAGGCGGCAAGUGAUCUUGUGUGGUACUUGUCUGAUUGUGUCAUCGGUGAAAGAUAGCCAGGCUGGAAAAAUGCAUGUUCUUCCUUUGAUAGGCGGAAAGGUGGAAGAAGUUAAAAAACAUCAACACUGUUUGGCUUUCAGUUCAUCAGGACCCCAGAGUCAAACAUACCAUGUUUGUUUUGAUACAUUCACAGACUACUUGAGGUGGCUGCGACAAGCCUCAAAGAUUGUUUCCCAAAGGAUCAGUUCUGUGGACCUGUCCUGUUGUAAUUUGGAGCACCUUCCUGAAAACCUGUUUUACAGCCAAGAUCUUACCCAUCUGAACUUGAAGCAAAAUGUUCUCCGGCUUAUUCCUUACUCUGUUGAUGAGGGAACUCUUGAUGACCUUCAAAGAUUCACAAAGUUGAGGAGCCUCAAUCUUUCCAAUAAUAAUUUAGGAGAGUUUCCACUUGCGGUCUGUAGUAUCCCAACACUGACGGAACUAAACCUUUCGUGUAAUGCGCUUCGUGAGAUACCUUCUGCAGUAGGAAGCAUGCAUAACUUGCAGACAUUCCUUCUGGAUGGCAACUCUCUCCAAACGCUGCCUUUAGAUCUGGGGAAACUGAGCCAGCUCGGCUAUUUGGGCCUCUCAUUCAAUGAAUUCACAGAAAUCCCAGAGGUACUGGAGAAAAUGCAAUCCAUUGACAAACUGUGCAUGCCGGGAAAUUCUCUGCAGGUGUUAAACCUGAAGAUCCUCAAACAGCUUCCUCACAUCAAACACGUGGAUUUAAGGCUUAAUGCUGUCCGACGUUUAGUGGCAGAUGAUGUAGACUUCCUGCUUAACAUUACCCAGUUGGAUCUGAGAGAUAACAACGUGACAGAGCUUGAUGUGACUAUGCUAAGUAACUUGGAGGUCUUGCACUGUGAAAGAAACCACCUUACAUCACUCAAAAUUAGUGGCUAUUAUUUGAAGGCUCUCUAUGCAUCAUCCAAUGAACUCAUCCACUUGGAUGUGUAUCCAGAUCCUUGUAAUUUGGCCCUUAUGGAUAUCUCCAGAAAUUGCAUAGAUUGCCUGCCUGAGUGGGUUAGCGAGAGUAAAAAUCUUGAGGUGCUGGAUGUCAGUCACAAUCUCCUGACUUCACUUCCUGCAAGGCUCUUCUGUGCCAACGGUCUGCGGAAGUUGCUCGUAGGGUAUAAUCGGCUUCCCCGACUUCCAGAAUGUAUUGAGCGUACUCAGCUUGAGAUACUGGAUGUUCAGCAUAACCAGCUUUUGGAACUUCCAGCCAACCUGCUUAUGAAAUCUGACAACUUAAGAUGCUUAAACGCAUCGGCCAAUAAUUUGGAAAUGCUUCCAGCAGCAUGUCUGUCUGAGGAAACACCAAGCUCAUUGCAAGAGCUUUACGUGACCAAUAACAACCUCACUGACAAGUGUGUGCCCUUGCUAACUGGACAUCCUCAUCUGAAGAUUUUGCACAUGGCCUUCAAUCAUCUACAGACCUUUCCAGCCAGCAAAAUGGCCAAACUGGAAGAGCUGGAGGAGAUAGAUAUCAGUGGAAACAAGCUGAAAGCAAUACCAACCACCAUUAUGAACUGCAGACGUAUGCACACUGUCAUCGCCCACUCCAACUGCAUAGAAGUCUUCCCUGAAGUUAUGCAGCUUUCAGAGAUCAAGUGUGUGGACUUGAGUUGCAACGAACUGAGUGAAAUUACAUUGCCUGAAACUCUCCCUCCCAAGCUACAAGAACUGGACUUGACUGGCAAUGCACGGCUGCUGUUGGACCAUAAAACCCUGGAGCUGCUUAACAGUAACAUUCGAUGUUUCAAAGUGGAUCAGCCUUCAUGUGGAUUCUCUGCCAGUGAAGCAUCUGGAGCCCCUGCUGUUUGGAGCCAUGGAUAUGCGGAGGCCUCAGGAGUCAAGCAAAAGUUAUGUGUUGCCUCCCUUUUGGUUAACAACUUCUGCGAUAACCGAGAAGCAGUGUAUGGUGUGUUUGAUGGAGAGCGUAAUGUGGAAGUGCCUAGCUUGCUACAAUGUACUAUGUGUGACAUAUUGGCAGAUGAGCUUCAGAAGACUAAGAGUGAAGAGGAGUACAUGGGGAACACCUUCCUGGUUAUGCAAAGGAAGCUGGGAACUGCCGGACAAAAACUAGGAGGCUCUGCUGUUCUUUGCCACAUAAAGCAUGACCCUAUGGAUCCAACUAGUUGCUUUACACUGACCUCUGCCAAUGUGGGCAAAUGCCAAACUGUGCUCUGCAGAAGUGGGAAGCCCCUCAAUCUUUCCAAGUGUUACACUGUUGGCUUUGAGGAGGAAUUGAAACGGGUUAAACAGCACAAGGCAAUUAUUACAGAGGAUGGUAAAGUAAACGGAGUGACAGACUGUACACGUAUUUUGGGAUACACCUUCCUCCAUCCGAGUGUUACUCCAAGGCCUUAUGUUCAGUCAGUUUCUCUAACACCUCAAGAUGAAUUCUUCAUUCUUGGAAGCAAGGGAUUAUGGGAUAGCAUCUCAGAGGAAGAAGCUGUUGAGACAAUCAGAAAUGUGCCAGAUGCUCUGGCUGCCUCCAAGAAGUUAUGCAGUUUAGCACAGAGUUAUGGCUGCAGCGGGAGCAUAUGUGCAGUAGUUGUGCAGCUGAAUGUUGCAGAAGAUUGCGUCUGCUGCUGUGAACUGAAUGGUGGCAUUCCACCACCCAGCCCAGGGAUCUUCACACCUUCUGUCAAUGUUAUUAAGGACCGUGUCCAAGACAGCUUAGGCAUGCCAUCUUCUAGCAGUGGGCUAGCUUCCGAAAUCAGCAGUGAGAUAUCGACCUCUGAGAUGAGCAGUGAAGUUGGGUCCACAGCCUCUGAUGAACCCACAGCAGUUUCCCUUCAUGAGAAUGGAGUUGGUCCUGCAGGAUGCCCGAGCGAACAGCGCUGUACGUUGCAUCCUGUAUGCCUGUCUAGCUCUUUUCAACGACAACUAUCCAGUGCCACUUUCUCCAGUGCCUUUUCAGACAAUGGUCUUGACAGUGAGGAUGAGGAACCUAUUGAAGGCGUUUUUUCCAAUGGAAGCCGCGUUGAAGUAGAAGUGGACAUUCAUUGCUCGCGAUUUAGAAAUGGUGGGCAACCUGCACCUACCUGCACUGUCUUAGAGCCCACUGAUGAGGGCAUUGUUGUAAGCGCCAAUGAGGAUGACCUGGGAGGCUUAGUCAGGAGACAAGACUUUUCUUCCAACACUCUUGGUCGUCAGAGGAGAUGCAAUGGUUCUGUGGCACCAUCAGAGAGAAGUCAUAACUUAAUUGAGAUUGCUGCAGAUGCACCUUUCCGAAAAACAGGAGGUUAUUUUGCAGCACCAGCACAGCCAGAUCCUGAUGAUCAGUUUAUUAUACCUCCUGAACUUGAAGAGGAAGUAAAGGAGAUUAUGAAGCAACAUCAGGAGCAGCAGCAACAGCUGCAACUUCAGCAGCAUAGACAGUAUCAAAUGGACCAGUUACCAGACUGCUAUGAUACACCACUAUGACACUUUCAUUCCUGAGUGACUCCAUUUUAACUGAAAUUUUGAGCUUCCUCCACUCUUCCAUUUAUGAGGAUGGCAAAUUUUAGGUACUUUUUUUCUUUCAGCAUCUGCUCAUCAUCCAUUUUAAAUAAUGUAAUCUUCCAAUUUUCCACUUCUUUCCUGUACUACUUCCAUUACUUGCACCUUUUUUUUUUUUUUUUUUUUUAACUAACCACCAGCUUUCUUCUACAGAUGCUUUAACAACCAACUUUUAAUCACUGUUUUCCGUAACAUAUCAUGUUUAAGGAAAUUAAAGUUUGAAGAAAGGUUUUGAUGAAAAAAGUUUAAUAUAUUACAGAGAUACAAAUAAUACAGAUUUGUAAUAUUUUUUAAGAAACAGAAAUAGUUUUGUUUAAUUUUUGAAGUGCAACAGUGUCUGGCAAAGCUAAAGACUUGUAACCUAAAAACUCCUUGUGGAAGUGAGGACACAAACUUCUGUGUAGAGAUGGACCAUGGGAAGUGCUAGAUAUUUGUAGAACAAUAUGACUUAACUCUUAGGAGUUGCUUACUCUUUCCAGUGACUUAAAAAUCACGGAGUUUCACUAAUUUUCUCUGAGAGAACUGUUGAUUAGGACAUUUUGGCUCUUUUGCUGCUGGCAGGAACUGUCCGGUUACCUCAGGCAUUUCCUUCCAGCAAUUUAAGGGUUAAUGUAUAUAGCUUAUGUAUUGUAUAGUGUUCAUUAUGAUAUACUCUGUGGUGCUGCAGCUAUCAGAAGGAUUUUCUGUGCUGGAGAUCCAUGGCAAGAGUAUCUUUCGCAACCAAUGUGAGCAUUGCUGGGUAAAUUUAAUAUAUUUUUUAGCUUUGUGAAGGCACAAACCGUAUCAAAAGGGUAAAAUCGAAGGGUUUAUUUUUUUGUUUAUACAGCAAUCGAGUCACAGCUGAUAUGAAUGGCUGUGGUGAAAAAUUAGAUUUUUCUUGAAAAAUGAAAGAAAAAAAAAAAUAUUAAAUGGAGCAUUAUCUGCUGGACCAUGUUCCCCCAACCUCGCCCCCCCCCUUUUUUUCCCCUCUCCUGAAUGUGUUCUGUAUUGCUGCCACCACAAUCUAGCAUGAUUGUACAAAGCUCAUUUAGAUUCAACCUACCCGGAGUUAUAUCAAUGCAGAAUGCACAGAUGAAAGUGUUGUCAUUUUGGUAUAAUAAACAUCAAACUUUACAAGUAA